CAGCAUAUAUAAACCUUGUUCUCCCUCUUUUAAUUUCUCCUUAUCCCCACACAAACCCCAUAUCUCAAUUCCCUUUCUGAUAAGGAUCUAAGCCAUUCAUUAAUAAUGGCUGCAGAACAUGUUCUUGAGUUGUUAGAUACCUACUGGUUUCAAACAACAGUUCUAUCAAGUUUAUCCAAAAAAACAGAUAUUCCAACAUCAUCACACAACCACCAAGAUCAUGUUUUGGAACAACUUUGUUUGGAUCCAAAAAAGCUUCUUAGAGUUCCAACACUUCAAGUGAGGUCCUUCAGUGACCAAAACUUAUUAUUAGGUGAUGCUUCUUUCUCUGAUGAUUCCCCGUCACUGGAUUCUGUCCUCCUCACACCACAGAAACUAAGGCCAAUUCUCUCUGGCAAGGAAGUGGGUGAAGAAUUUUCAAUGGAGGAGGACAAAAUCCAUGCAGAUGAAGAAGUAUAUAACAAAGAAGAAGCUUCUACAAGGAAGAAGAAACAAGAAGGUCAAAGAAUAAGAAGAAGAAGACUCAACAGAGGGAAAAGUAGUAAGAGCCUUUCAGACCUUGAGUUCAAGGAGCUAAAAGGGUUCAUGGAUUUGGGUUUUGUGUUCUCUGAAAAAGACAAGGACCCAACUUUGGUUUCUCUCAUACCAGGGUUGCAAAGGCUUGGAAGAUCAAAAGAAGAGGAUAAUAAUAAUGGAGAAGAAGAAGAAGAAGGUGUUGAUGUUGGUGUUGGAUUAGAGAAGCAAAAAAUUGAUGAAACUGUGAUAUGUAGGCCUUAUUUAUCUGAGGCUUGGGGUGUAUUAGACAAAAGGAACAAGCUUGUGAAGAAUCCAUUGUUGAAUUGGAGGGUGCCAGCACUGGAAAAUGAGAUUGAUAUGAAGGAUAAUCUUAGGUUCUGGGCUCACACAGUUGCAUCCAUUUGCAGUUUUGUCAAUUUGUCUGCAAAGUUUAGCAGAGAAAGAGAGGAGGUACUUCUGCAAUGAGAGAUAAGCUUUCAUCA